AUGGAUAACUUACUGGCUUCUCUCCAGGAUGCUGCCGAGGGCCAAAUUGACUUUGAAGGCCAGCGCCUCGCUGAGAUGCUUUCUACGGUGCUAUUGAUUAUAUUUGGGGCUGCUUCAUUUGUGGUUGGAUACAUUCAACAAGAGAUAUACCUGACAUUAUGGAUUGGCAUUGCCGGCACCGCCUUUACAGCUCUGGUCGUUGUUCCUCCCUGGCCAUUCUACAAUCAAAACCCGCAGCCAUGGCUUAACUCUAAAACCGGUGGAGCUGUUCGAAAUGUUCCUGGGAUUAUUGUUGAUGGCGUCAAGGUGGGAUGA